AUGGCAUCAUCAUCGUUCCAAACGACCCAUCCGCAGCCAUUCACGCUGGCCGAGGCGCAGCAGCUGGACGUGGGCGUGAUCGUGGCGGAAAUCACCCGCCUCCAAAACUCGCUAGCCCACCUCGCGACCUCGCAGGCGGAACUAGCCUCCUUCUUGGCUGAGGACGACGACCCCGACCUGCGCGCCGCGUACGAUGAGAACGCCGGCGUCAUCGCGAGCCAGGAGGAACGCGUCGCCAUGCUCCGCCAUGUGCUUGAAGGCAAGGUUGGCCGCGAGAGUCUGGGGCAUUAUGGCAUCGCGCCGGCCGACGAGACGACGACGACAACAGCGGCCGCGUCGGCGCGCGCCAUGGUCGUUGAUGACACUGCCGCCGACGACGAUGACGCCGCCGCCGCCGGCCUCCACCUGUAG